CCUUCGACCCCACCCGUUAGAGUCCCCCUCUCUCAAGUCACAACUUGAACCAAGCUAACUUUAUGCGGCUGAAACGAUGUUGAGAAAUAAAGUAAGAAUGUGCGGAGGAAGGGGCUGCGCUUUAAAGUGACUACAUUAUCAUCUACGUGUUGUUUUUAGGUUGUUUUUUUUUUUGGGUUGUUGCUCUCGGUGAUGUGACUGGAAAACCCCCUUCUCCACAAGGACCAUGGACGACAACGACAUCUUCGAGAUGGACUCCGUGGCUGACACAGAGGAGAUGGAGGCUGAUACUGAGCUGGGCAUGAUAGAUGAAGAAGUUGUUUACCCACAGGAGUUCCUGCCGACGUAUGAAACCAUUAAGGAAGGAGCAACAGUAGCCAAAGCACAGCUGGCAGAGUUUAAUGACAAACCGGACUCCUUAUUCUUCAAUGAUGGCGUGAGGAGGAUCGACUUCAUCCUGGUCUAUGAGGAUGAGGAUAAGAAGGACUUCGAGAAGAGGCACACGUUCCAGCGUCGCAAGAGGCGGCGGGAGUACUUCGAGGCCAGCCUGAUGAAGAUGGGGCUGGAGCUGGAAGCCACACAAUCUGUAAUCGAUGAGAAACUGCUGUUUGUGAAAGUCCACAUGCCGUGGGACGUGCUGUGCACCUACGCCGAGGUCCUCCACAUCAAGCUUCCCAUCCAGCCCAACGACCUGUCCUGCCACCCCUCCCCGUGGCGCUGUCUCUCUUUCCUCACCAAGCCCUUCUACCCCAGCGAGGAACUGAUCACCAAGGAGGCCGAGUUUUUCACCGCCGCCUUUGAGAAAGACCGUCUGGACUACUUCUACAUGAAGGACAAAGACACCUUCUUCACUCCGUCCAUGAGGAGCAGGAUGGCAUACUACAUCCUGAGUCGUGCCCCCUAUGAAAUACGGGGGAACAUAAAGAAGUUUGGCAUCACCAAACUGCUGGGAGGUGGAGUGUACAAGGCUGCCUAUCCCCUUCAUGAUUGCAGGUUCAAUGUCAAGUCCAAAGAGGACGACUGCCCCAACGAGAGAUAUCUGCUAUAUCAAGAAUGGGCUAAUCCCAAAAGCUUCUACAAGAUGCAACCACUUGACCUCAUAAGGAAGUAUUACGGGGAGAAGAUUGGCAUUUACUUUGCCUGGUUGGGUUUCUACACAAUAAUGCUCACUCUGGCCGCUGCUGUGGGAUUGGGUUGUUUCAUUUAUGGAUACAGGACUCAAGACACCAGCACCUGGAGCAAAGAGGUGUGCAACCCUGAAAUUGGAGGCCAAAUUGUGAUGUGUCCACAGUGUGACAGAGAAUGCAAAUUCUGGAGGUUGAACAGCACCUGUGAAGCUUCGAAAAAACUUUGUAUAUUUGAUAACUUUGGAACCCUGGUAUUUGCAGUUUUCAUGUCAAUCUGGGUAACUUUGUUCCUGGAGUUUUGGAAGCGCUACCAGGCUGAGCUGGAGUACGAGUGGGACACUGUGGAGUUUCUGGAGCAGGAAGAGCCGCCUCGCCCAGAAUAUGAAGCCAAAUGUAUCUAUGAGAGGAAAAACCCAGUCACAGGGGUAAAAGAAAAAGUUCCCUAUACAGCCUGCGGACGAUGCUUUCGGGUGUCGUUAGGAAUUGGGACUGUCGUAUUCUGGAUUUUUUUGAUCCUGGCGUCCAUUGUGGCCAUCAUUGUCUACCGCCUGGCAGUAUUUUUUGCCUUCUCAGCUAAACUCAGGACUCAGGACCUGAGGGAGCUGGAACCCCUAAAAGAGUAUGUGACGCCGCAGAUGGCCACGUCAGUCACUGCCUCCCUCAUCAGCUUUGUUGUAAUUAUGAUCCUCAAUGUUCUGUAUGAGCGGGUCGCCAUUUGGAUCACCGAUUUUGAGCUUCCGCGGACCAAGACAGACUACGAGAACAGCUUGACUCUGAAGAUGUUCCUCUUUCAGUUCGUCAACUAUUAUUCCUCAUGUUUCUACAUCGCCUUUGUCAAGGGGAAAGCAGUUGGUUAUCCUGGAGACCCCGUCUAUCUCUUGGGAAAAUACCGGAACGAGGAGUGUGAUCCUGGCGGUUGUCUGAUCGAGCUGACGACUCAGCUCUCGAUCAUUAUGGGUGGAAAAGCCAUCUGGAACAACAUCCAAGAGGUCUUGCUACCGUGGGUGAAAAAUUUGAUUUUUCGCUACUUCACCCGUGUGACCUCACAGAAGGUGAUCCCUCGCUGGGAACAGGAUUAUGAGCUCCAGCCUGUUUCACAACUAGGACUGUUCUAUGAAUAUCUUGAGAUGGUCAUCCAGUUUGGCUUUGUGACUUUGUUUGUGGCCUCCUUCCCUCUGGCUCCGGUCCUGGCUUUGGUCAACAACCUGUUUGAGAUUCGGGUUGAUGCUUGGAAAAUCACCACUCAGUUUCGCCGCGUGGUGCCAGAGAAGGCCCAGCAUAUAGGGGCCUGGCAGCCCAUUCUUGGAGGCAUCGCUAUAUUGGCUGUGGCAACAAAUGCCAUGAUCAUUGCUUUUACGUCAGACAUGAUUCCACGGUUGGUCUACUACUGGUCUUUCUCCGUGUACCCGUAUGGAAAUUACUCUAAUCACACCAUGGAGGGCUACAUCAACAGCUCGCUGUCUAUAUUCAGCACCAGCCAUUUUUCUAAUGAAAGCAUGCCCAUAGCCACUUACAACAUCACCACCUGCAGGUACCGAGACUUUCGGUAUCCCCCCGGUCACCCCAGGCAGUAUGAGUACAAUGUCUACUACUGGCAUGUGAUCGCUGCCAAAAUGGCUUUUAUAAUCGUUGUAGAGCACAUUGUGUACUUAACCAAGUUCAUCCUGUCCUACGUGAUCCCAGACGUCCCGUACGCUGUCAGAGAACAAAUCAAACGAGAGAAGUACUUGACGCAGGUUAUCCUCCACGAGACCAACCUCAAGCUAGUGACCAAACGCUUGAAACCAAUCAAUGAAGAGACCCUUAAAGACACAGCGAUGAAGAUGGCAAUGGAGGAGCUUGAUCCUGAUUUCUGACAGUAGAAGAAAAAGUACGGAAGAUGGGAUGAGAUCUUCAUCCCUGAUACUGUAUAUACAUACAUCCAUACUUAGUGUAUUGCUGCACCGACCCACAACCAACACUUGGUGAACCAGUGACUGAAUUAACACCGGAAACAAAGUAUGGACUUCUGUUAUGAGAAAUGUGUAGCAACCAGUAAGGAAGAAGAUGUUGGGACAAAGAAAGGAAUAACCACUGUUGUUUUGUUGUCACCCCCGCUGUCUGUCCUCACACUCUGGAUUCCCUCAGUGUGUCAGGCCAAAAAGUGUGAAAGGGAAAUGCACCUGCAAUCUUUUAUUUUAGUAGUGAAAACAGAUUUACCAAGAUAAGACAGCAGACAGUGCUAGAGGAGAAACUAGGUGCAUUGAUUUUUGCGGCGCGGUACAGAGAAGAGAAGCAGUGCCUCACACUUUGAAGCUUCACACUAAAUAACAAAUACCAUUUGGUGUAUUAAGCAUAAAAAAACAGACAUUUGCUCAGUUGUAAUGGAGAUAGUUCAGUUGUCUGUUAAGAUUUCUAGUUUUAUGACUACAUAUAUACCUAUAUACUAUUGCACUGUCUCACUUCGUCCAUUGAGCUACUGGCUGGGGGGCUCAAAGCUUACAUGUAACCAACAAGUGCCACUGCUGGGUGACUGUUUUACUCUUAUGCUGUCAUGAAAUAUCAGUAUUAUCAUGUACAAAAAUUGCACCACUUUUGGAAGAGAUGAUUAAGAGGUUAUUUUUACUCUUCUAUCUCUGUUACUGGCACUAAAGCGCUGUAGUGAUGUGUCAAACACCUCACAAUGUUACACAAGCGAUGAAUAGGUAGACAAUAGAAUAGACGUGGACGGCGUGUAAAAGUUUGAUGUACACAAGUUUACAAACCACAAAAAUGAUUUAAAACUGAAUGCCUUUUUUUUUUUAUCAUCACACCAAACACGGUUUAGUGUAGCUUAUAUUUUUAAUUAAAUGAAUGAAUCGCAAGCCUUGGUGGUUUAGUUUAUGUGAAUAUAGUCUGUCUCUUUCUUUAUCCACAUACUCGCAUCGACUGUACUGUUUUGCACAUUGAGUUCUCGUCCUGUGCCACGACCGCUGCGCUGCACGACGUUUUGACUGCCUGUUAUAGGUCAUAUAUCCUGUGAUGUAGGCGAUGUGGUCAUUUAAUCUUCUCCUGUGUCAUUGCUAAAGUCCUCAAUACCUCUGUUGUAUUAUUGCCGCGCCCCCUGGUACUAUAGCCACCGUUUAUGUAAACAGUAUCAUAUACCAGCAAUAUUUUAUGAUGCAUAUUUUUCUUGUCUUAUUGUUUUAUAUAAAGCCAUGAAAUUGUUUUAUAAAAAAUAAAUCCCUCUUGUACUUAAAAAUCUUUAAAGAUA